GUUCUACGUGCCAGGGGCGAGGAACCGUUCCCGGGAGGAGACGGGUCUUGUCAGUCACCCGAAGUCAGCCAGAUGUGUCUCCACGCUACUUGUUCUUUAUCAACCCAUUAUAUUAAAAAUGAAGCUGAUACAUAAAGAAAUUGAUAAAGAUGGACGCGGGAAGAUGGUGUUGCUGCCAGAUGAGGGAGAGGACAUGUGGCACACUUAUAACAUCGUUAUGGAGGGAGACCGACUGCGUGCAUCCACCAUCCGUAAGGUGCAGCAGGCUUCUGUCACAGGCUCCUCCACCUCUUCCCGCGUCCGCACCACCAUCACCAUCCAGGUGGAAGCCAUCACCUUUGAUACCGGUGCUUGCAUGCUCAGGGUGAAAGGCAGGAAUGUGGAGGAGAACCAGUACAUCAAGAUGGGUGCAUACCACACCGUUGACCUGGAACUCAACCGCAAGUUUACCAUCUUUAAGGAGCAGUGGGACUCUGUUACCAUUGAGCGUGUGGAGACUGCUUGUGACCCAGCUGCUCAUGCAGACUUGGCAGCAGUGGUGAUGCAGGAAGGACUUGCCUUUGUAUGCCUCAUCACCUCUGCCAUGACUGUGGACCGAGCCAAGAUUGUCUACAACAUACCCAAGAAAGGAAAGGCUGAUGAUACUCAGAGGAAAAAGGCAAUCACCAAGUACUAUGACCAAGUAAUGACAGCCAUCUUGCGACACCUUAACUUUGAUGUGGUGAAGGCAGUGGUCAUUGCCUCUCCUGGGUUUGUGAAGGACCAGUUCUUUGACCACAUGAUGAAGAAUGCUGUUCAGACUGACAACAAACUACUGCUGGAAAACAAAAGUAAAUUUGUCCUUGUGCAUUCCUCCAGUGGCUUCAAACAUUCCCUUAGAGAGGUGCUGGAGGACCCUGCUGUAGCAAUGAGGCUGUCAGACACCAAGGCUGCUGGUGAAACCAAGGCACUACAACAGUUUAUGUCAUUACUGGCUUCUGAUCCUGACCGAGCUUACUAUGGCAUCAAACACGUUGAGCGUGCUAAUGACAGCCAAGCCAUAGAGACCUUAUUAGUUUCAGAUACUCUAUUCAGGUCCAAAGAUUUAGCUGAGAGGCAACGUUAUGUACGGCUUGUGGAUAGUGUGAAGGAAAAUGGAGGUGAAGUCAGGAUAUUCUCCAGCUUACAUGUGUCUGGAGAACAGUUGGACCAGAUGACUGGGGUGGCUGCUCUCUUGCGUUUCCCUAUGCCAGAGAUUGAAGAAGAGGACCAUUCCCUUGAUUCUGACUCUGAAUAAAAAUGGCAUGAAGUAAAAUGAACUAUAGCUGACAGGUGAACUACCUUUUUACUAGAUCCCAGCCAUUGCAGAGAGAGAUCAAAUUGGCCAAGAAUGUAUGUAUUAUUGUAACUACUGGUGCAUGAAACUUAAUGUUCAAACUUUAUAACUCCUACUGUAGAUCAUGAACAAAGGAGCAUAGGUGAUCAUAUAAAUCAAACAAAAUGCUCAUGAUACAUUAUGAAAAAUAUUGCAUAUAAAAGAAUAUGAUCAAACAAUAGGAAAUGUCAUUGAAAAAGCAAGACUCCCAAUCAUCUGAACCUGAAAAAUGUGGCUUUAGUUUAUUGGCAUAGGAUAGAGAUCAAUAAGAUGCAAAAGAACUAGACAUCAAAGGUCACAUAGAGGUAUGACAAUGGAAUAAAGGGAUGGUUAUGUGUGUGAAAAAAUACAUAAGGUAAGGAUCCAUAAAUCACUAAAAUAUCAACAUCACUAGAAUCAUCACAACUACUAACCUGACAGAUGCAGCCCAUGAGUAGGGAUGGAGGAAUGGAUAAUACAAGGUGAGAUGUCAAUGAUAUAUCUUUUUAACAUUAUAUGUUUAUGCAUCUGAUGAUGGUUGUUCAGCAAGGGUCUGUCCUCCCUAAUUACACAGGCUCAAAGGCUACAGAUGCUUUUCAAUUUUGUAUUAGGGAAUUUGUGCUCAUGUAUAAGGGUGUGUGGCUUUGGUUACCUGCUUUGUGAUAAUGUCAACCUGAUAUACAGAUAUUGUUUCAAUUGUACAAUGUAUAAAGUAACAAGUACAACAAUUAGAACUUACAAAAGAAUGUCUCAAUGAUCUGGACUGUAAAAAAAAAAAAAAAGAUAAAGAAUAAAGGAUAAGGAAUGAGAA